AUGGAGGCUUCGCGUCAGCCAGGUCAAGACAAUGAUUCUCACGCGGCCACCCUCACUCCGCGUGCGGUGGCGUGCGGCAUCUUGCUGGGCAUCGUCGUGUGCCUUGCAAAUAUAUAUUUUGGCCUGCAAGCGGGCAUGGUCAGCCCUAUGCCAAUGCAGAGUGCCCUGCUCGGGUUUGCCAUCUUUCAGAGCAUACGCCCACGCCUCUCGAAGGCCCUGACGCCAAUGGAGACAACCCUCAUUGAGGUUAUCGCUGGAUCUCUCGGCCUCGCACCCUUCACCUUGGGGCUCACGUCAUUCAUCCCCGCCCUUGAGUUUCUCACCAAACCAGAAGAGAAUGGCCCGUUCAAAUUCACCAAUGGCCAACUUCUGCUCUGGGCCAUGGCUACAUGUGGGCUGGGGAUCAUUGCCGCUGUACCCUUCCGAAGACUGCUCAUCUUGAGAGAAAGCCUCCCUUAUCCAUCAGCUACUGCCACCGGAGCACUUAUCGGCAUUCUAUUCAAACGACCAGAUAUCAUUGCUCGAGCUAAGCAGACGCAGAUGCGCCCCCGUGCAUCGCGAGUCUCAGACAUCAACAAUGUGUAUAGUGAGAGGGAUGAGGCAGACCCUGGCGGCGACACUGAACGCCUCCUCGACGAGAACUCUCGGCGCGAAGAAGAGGAAGGCUUAGGCCGGGAUACGAAUCGGCCUGCCCUCCGGAUGCUGCUGUAUGCGUUGGCCGCUUCUUUAUCUUUUAGCUUCAUUGCCUACUUCUUACCUAUUCUCCACCGCGUGCCCAUCUUUGGCCUCCACGCUGCCAGUCACUGGAUGUGGGCGUUCGACCUAUCUCCUGCCUAUAUCGGCUAUGGUGUCAUUAUUGGACCUAGUAUCAACGCCUACGUCCUUAUUGGAGCAAUUGUUGGUUGGGGUAUUUUAUCUCCGGUGGCCAAGCAUCGUGGAUGGGCCCCUGGCCCGAUCACCGACUUUGAAAAUGGCCCACGCGGGUGGAUUCUUUGUGUCGGAUUAGGAUUCAUUCUGGGGGACACCAUCGUUGCGGUAGGAUGGAUCUGCUCCAAGCCAUUCAUAUGUCGUGCUCGUCGAUGGGUCAGCAACAUUGUACAGCGAAAACAGCUCUCCUCGAGUCACGGCCAAAGAGACGGCACAGAAACGCCGCUGUUGCGCGAGUCGCCCAGCUCUGUCAACACAGCAAAUGAGACUGCCAUGGCACAAGAUGAUGGAUGGCCAAAAUCGUGUCUCAUUACAACACGUCUAGUGGGUUGGAUUGGUGCCGCCCUACUUCUGCUCUACUUCAUUUCCAUACCAACAGCCUUUGGCCACCUGACGUCUGUCCCUGCUACGCUGCUAGCCGCCUUAUUGAUACCCUUAGCGGGCUUCAUAUCAAUGAGGUCCAUGGGAGAGACUGAUAAUGGUGCAUCAGUUGCUAUUGGUCGAUUCGCUCAGUUCGCUAUUGCCCGGCUAUUCUCUUUCUCCGGUCCCAAAUUCACUUCAGCUAACCUUCUUCUCGGCGGGGCCAUUGAAUCCGGUGCGUCCCAGGCUGCGCAGCAGAUGGGAAACCUCAAGAUAGCUUCCAUAACGCAAAUAGCCCCACGAGCAGUCAUUUUUGCGCAAAUGAUCGGAUCUUAUGUCGGCGCAUUCAUUGCGAUUUUCUUCUACAAGAUAUAUUCCUCCCUCGACAAGAUACCGAGCGAGGAGUUUAGCAUACCUGAUGCACACCUGUACAUCACCACAUCUCGCUUUAUCCGUUGGCAGGGUCUUCCACCUGGGCUAACGGGCUUUCUGAUGGGUUCAUUCGCCCUCGGUGCAGUCUUUAGCGUGUUGAGGAUCUUGAGCUUGAAGCACUGGUGGCGUUGCCUGGUCCCUUCUGGCAUAGCUAUAGCAAUUGGUGAGUAA